GAUCACGCGGAAGGAAACCCGCCAUUGACGAACAUUUCCAACGUGAGCGUUUCGUCGAAGUGCGCUCCUUAAAAACCGGCAAAUUUUUGUUUAUUAAUUCAUCUUUAUCACUCUUUUGGAGGGAUGGCGUACCGAGGACAAGGCCAGAAGGUGCAGAAGGUUAUGGUGCAGCCCAUCAACCUUAUUUUCAGAUAUCUACAAAAUCGCUCGCGGAUCCAAGUGUGGUUAUACGAGCAGGUGAACAUGCGGAUAGAGGGCUGCAUUAUUGGUUUUGAUGAGUACAUGAACCUGGUUCUUGACGACGCUGAGGAAGUCCACAUGAAGACUAAAAACAGAAAACCCCUGGGGAGGAUCAUGUUGAAAGGAGACAACAUCACCUUGUUGCAGAGCGUUUCCAGCUAAAACAACUGAGAUCCCUGCACCUCCCACCUUUUCUAGAAAGUCUGCUUGUUUUAGUUUAACUUUUUUUUUUUUUUGGUUUUGUUUUUGCAACUGGUAUUGAUUGAAAAUGACUCUGUGUAACAUGAAUAAUGUAAUUGUUUAUUUUUACCAAAAUGGUUCCCUUUCCAAAAUAAAGGUUUGUUUUGUUUCUUAGA